UAGUCAAGAAAGGCUGCACUAUGUUUUAAGUCCUCACUGAGUUUGAAUAGACUCACUCACACUGUAUAUGCCAAUUCCAACACCAUAUCUUCACUCAAGUCUGCACAAGAUGAAAGCAAUUGCAGGAACAACAACUAUGGCACUUGCAGAUGAAGAAAGAGGUUACAAUGGGAAGAUAACUUGUAUUGUGAUUCUUUCUUGUAUGGUGGCUGCCACAGGAGGCAUUAUCUAUGGUUAUGACAUAGGAAUUUCAGGUGGAGUAACAUCUAUGGUGCCAUUUCUGGAGAAAUUUUUCCCAAAAGUAUACUUGAAGAUGAAGCAAGACAGCAAUAUUAGCAACUACUGCAAGUUUGAUAGCCAGCUCCUAACAACAUUCACUUCAUCACUUUACAUAGCAGGCCUUGUAGCAUCUUUCUUUGCCUCAUCAGUCACAAGAACCUUUGGCCGCAAACCAUCAAUCCUCACAGGUGGUGCUGCAUUUCUCAUUGGAGCAGCUCUUGGUGGUGCAGCUCUCAACAUAUACAUGCUUAUUCUUGGUCGAGUUAUGCUUGGAGUUGGAAUUGGCUUUGCCAACCAGUCAGUUCCUUUAUAUCUAUCUGAAAUGGCACCUCCAAGAUACAGAGGAGCAAUCAACAUAGGUUUCCAGCUUUGUGUUGGCAUUGGUGUUCUAUCAGCAAAUCUGACAAACUUUGGCACAGAAAAGAUCAAAGAUGGCUGGGGUUGGCGUAUUUCUUUAGCUAUGGCAGCAGUUCCAGCCUCAAUGCUCACUCUGGGGUCACUUUUUCUCCCAGAAACACCCAACAGCAUAAUCCAACACAGCAGGGACCAUCACAAGGCUAAGCAAAUGCUGCAACGCAUCCGUGGCACCAAUGAUGUUGAACAAGAACUAGAAGACCUCGUUGAAGCAAGUCACAUUUCAAACUCCAUCAAACACCCUUUUAAGAACAUCUUGCACAGAAAGUACAGGCCUCAACUUGUCAUGGCUAUAGCCAUACCCUUCUUCCAACAGUUCACAGGAAUCAAUGUCAUUUCCUUCUAUGCUCCAAUCCUCUUCCUAACCAUUGGAUUAGGCGAAAGUGCUUCACUUCUUCUGUCAGCAAUUGUAACUGGUGUUGUAGGCACUACUUCAACAUUCAUCUCAAUGCUCAUGGUUGAUAAGCUUGGGAGAAGAGUUUUGUUCAUAUCUGGGGGCAUUCAGAUGUUCUUGUCACAAGUUAUUGUAGGGAGCAUCAUGGCAACUCAACUUGGUGACCAUGGUGAAAUAAGCAAAACAUAUGCAUAUUUGAUUUUACUUUUGAUAUGCAUAUAUGUUGCAGGGUUUGCAUGGUCAUGGGGGCCACUAGGAUGGUUGGUUCCUAGUGAGAUUUUCCAAAUGGAGAUUAGAUCAGCAGCACAAAGUAUCACUGUUGCUGUGAAUUUUCUCUUCACCUUCAUAGUUGCUCAAACUUUUCUCAGCAUGCUGUGCCAUUUCAAGUCAGGCACAUUCUUCUUCUUUGGGGGGUGGGUGGUGGUGAUGACAGUAUUUGUAUACUUGCUGUUGCCAGAGACCAGGAAUGUGCCAAUUGAGCAAAUGGAUAGAGUGUGGAGAGAACACUUUUUUUGGAAAAGAAUUGUGGGAGAAAUUUGAGGUAUUCACAACACAAGUAGCAUUCACAUACUUUUGAGGAAUUUGCUUACCGACUUUACCUACUUCAAUUUGAACAGAAGAACAACGUGACUUAAAAAUAUUCAUGAACAAAUAUACAUAUUCAUAUCAAUCAUUGAAUUCAUAAGUUAAAGAAUUACAGAACAUGUGGUCUAUAUAAAACUGCAUUACUCUUUAAUAGAAUUAUACAAAAAUUUAAAAACACGAGCAUCAUAAACAAUAAUUUUUUUCAUAUUCAAAGAUUAUAUAAUUUUAUUUUUGUUCCUACCACAUUUAUUCAAGAUUUUCAGUCUGAGAUCCACUCAUUCAGCAUCAUGUGCAACGUUCGUAAGCAGUUGUCAGUAUCUGUUAACUCCUUGGUCCUACUGGUCCCAUGCUUUUCCCCUCCACAAGCUGAAGUUAGUCAAAUUGCACAAUUAACACAUUGAGGAAAAAAAUUACC